GGGUUUCCAGCCGCACUUUUGCACCUGGGCAACUAUUUGGGACCUACUUAGGAAACGGGGGCGGGAGAGAGGGACACCCCCUCUGCCUCUUGUCCUGGAGAGAGCAUCUUCUUCCCUUGUUUGCAAACCCGAGGCGCCCUAGCCCCCAUCCCUCCUCCCGGCCCCCGGCACGGGCGAGCCAGCAGGAGGACUUGGCGUGCAUCCCUGGCCCAAGUGCACGGGCUGGCCCCCGCCUCCAGUGAGAAGCUAUUCUUGCUUGGGGCUUUGCAAAAGUUAGGAAGUGCUGUGCUGGAACUCUUGGAAAUGGAUAUUCCUGGGCCUUAUGUCCAAAAGCUUAUCCCAAUGGAUGGCAAAUUGAAAGAGGCUGGAUGCAAAGAAGAAAGUGUAUUAAAGAUAACAUCUUUCUGGGAUCCAUGGGCCCUUUGAGAGAUGAUCAGAGGGAGGCCGGAUGAUCUACUGAACGCACACAACAACCUUUCUCUUCCACAAAGGCAGCAUCAGAGAACUCCCCACGCUCCAGCUCCAUCCAGUUUACCCACUCAUUACCGGGCCUUCCGCAGCUGUGAGUGGGAGGUAGUGGAGCGAUCGCUUAAUAUCUUGCAGGCCAGUGACUUCUACUGGGGUCCCUUAUCUGUGAGUGAAGCACACGCCAAGCUACAGCAGGAGCCGGUGGGGACCUAUCUGGUGCGGGACAGCUCUCAGGGGAACUGCCUCUUCAGUGUGAGUGUUCGGAUGCCAGCCGGCCCAGUCAGCCUCCGGAUCUCCUUCCGGGAGGGCUACUUCUGGCUGAAGGACUGGUUCUCAGACUGCGUAGUUAGGCUGCUGGAAAUGGUCGUGGCAGGAACCCAGGCCAACCCCAUCCACUGUGAUGAAAUGGGGGGAACCCCCUUGGUGUUCUCUGAACCCCUCUGCAGGAACCACAGAGUUGUGCCCAAGUUGUAGGAACUUUGCGUCAAAGCCUGGGAGCUUACAAUGGGACAAGGAAGGAAGGUCAGAGAUUGGAAGAGGUACAUGGGAGCGGCAGUUACUUUUCAGUGUGGAAAGGAACAAGGCAUAAUAUCACCUGGAAUCCACUGCCUAUACAGAGAGGGAGACAGCUGCAUACAUUUGGCAGGCAAAACUGAGCGAAUGUGACACGCUAACUGAAUGUGCCACUGUCGUUGGGUUGUACUUUUCCUUGGGGUAGGAGUGGGGGGAUAGCUUAAACCUGCUGACUACGGGAGCCAUGUCCUCCUGAGGUAAAGGUGUGUAGUUUCUCCCUGUGGCAGAGUAGAACUGCCCCAAUCCAGCACUUUUUAUUCCAGUUGUGAUGCAUAAGCUUCAGAAACAUGGGCAUUGCCUGUCCUCCCAGCACACCCCUCUUCUUCCUGUAUUCCAAAGUGCCUAAGCUAUUUCUUGCUGAAAAAUCUCUCCUCGUGGAAAGGUCCAGUUGAAUUUCAAAGACUUUGACAAGCUCCGAUUCAGUGUCAUCAGGAAUUGUACACUGAUCUCUGAUACCAAAGGUGUGUGUGUGUGUGUGUGUGUGUGU